AUGCCCAAGAGGGGGAAGCAGCGGCCACCGGACCCCAAGGAGAGUGAGGAUGAGGAGAGCGGGAGCCCCACUGGUCCACCCAGGCUCUUGUGCCCUCCUCCCAUAGCCAAUGGAAAGUUUGAUGGCCCUGAUCUAGGCUUCCACAGAAGCCCUCAGGGCUUAAGGGGACCAGUGAUUCCACCACUCCUCAGCCUCCCACUCCCUUUUUGGGGAGGAUGCCCAAUGAGAGGGGGCCCAGGACCUAGGCCUCGACCGUACCUACAUAGCCGUUGGGCCUAUGAGGAUCCAGAACCUAGGUGGGGAACAGGCUAUGGGGAUCAUGCCAGGAAUGGUCCUUCCAAUGGAUGGAGAAACCCUGGAGGGGGCAGUAGCCACCAUCCAUCUAAGAACAUCCCCUGGCCCAAGAAUGACCCUCAACUCAAGGAUGGAGUCUAGGAAGGUGAUAGAACAGAUAAAUCCAAUCGCCCUAUCUGCAGACGCUUUUCAAAGGGCCACUGUCACUAUGAAGAUCUUUGUGCCUUCUACCACCCAGGGGUGAAUGGACCUCCAAUGUAA